AUGCUUGGUGAGCAGGUGGCAUCCCUGCACCGCACGCGCAUUGUGUCAGUCAGCGCCGGUGGCAACCACACGCUGGCCAUCUCAGAGGCUGGAGAGCUGUGGUCUUGUGGGCGCGGCCGGCAUGGACAGCUGGGACUGGGGACCUUUGAGGACCAGACACUCCUGCGCAAAGUCACCACCCUGCAGGGCAUCCGCAUAGUGUCUGCAGCAGCUGGGGAGAAGCACAGCGUGGCAUUGGGCAGCCAUGGCUGCAUGUACACAUGGGGAUGCGGCCGGCAUGGUCAGCUUGGGCUGGAGAAUGUUGCAGACUUUCGUGUCAGCUCCCUUGAUCCCAACCACCUUGACCCCUGGGACAGGAUCACUGCAGUUGCUGCGGGCCUCAACCACACAGUUGCUCUGACAGUGGCCGGCGACAUCUUCAUGUGCGGCCACAACAAGCAUGGCGCCCUUGGCUUGGGAGACACUGCCAACCGCUUCCUGCCCACAAAGGUGACCUAA